UGGAUGGAUGGAUGGAUGUGCAUGAAUCCGGUGGCCAUCCAUCCAUACCCAUCAUCAAAGCACCUCUUUUUAAGCAAAUUCCAUCCUCAUCAUUUACUUCUGUAAAAUUUGAACGCUCCUCGGAAGAAUUGCAGGCGCCACCGACUGUGGAGAUUCUUGGAACAACACGAAGAGACAGAAGUGGAUCAGAGGCUCAGACUUUUCUUCAUCUGGGUUUGUGCUUUUUUUCAACUGGGAAAGAAGUUGACGACGGUGGUUGAGCAGUAGAUUUAUGUCGGCUUUGUUCAUAUUGGCAGUGAUUGGGGCUCUGUUGCAGCUCUGGUUUUCUUCUUCUUCUUCUUCUUCUUCCCAACGAUUUGAUCUCAAUGUCGUACUCCCGGAUGCCGCAUUCUAAUCAGAAACUUGUUAGCCGCAACAGAAAAUCCAAGCUGCAGCCAAAAAAUUUCUCUGCGGAUUCCAAAAUGAGGAGAAAAGUUCGCAUAAUCUUUUACGAUCCUGAUGCAACCGACUCAUCUUCAAGCGAAGAUGAAGGAGAAAGAUAUGGAAGAAAGUUUAAUCGAACCGUACACGAAAUCCACCUGCCUCCGCUGAAAAAGGCUCUCGAAUCCGAGAGUUCUCAGAACAGCAACAACGAAAACAAAAACCCUAAGCUUAAGCAAUCCAAGGUUCAGAUCAAAAACCCUUCCUCCUCCCGAAGACAAUCGUCUUCCAAAUACAGAGGUGUGAGACAGAGAGCUUGGGGAAAAUGGGCGGCUGAGAUUCGAGAUCCCUUCAAGAGAAGCCGUAUUUGGCUUGGUACUUACGAUACUGCAGAAGAAGCUUCUCAAGCUUAUGAGUCGAGGAGGCUGCAGUUUGAAGCUAUGGCGGCAGAAAUGGCUGUUGAAGAAGGCAACAGGACCGCAUCCUCAUCCGCCGCUGUUCUUUCAGAAAGCACUGCGGAGACCACCGUAUCCCACACCUCACCGUCGUCGGUUUUCGAAUGGGACGAUUCAACUUCCCAAAGCCAAGAUUUGAAAGUGGGAGAUUCAAUCAAAGAAGAAACAGGCACGAAUAUGAACUACCUUCAAGAAACCGAUCAGAGCCAUCCGUUUAUAGACGAAAUAAACAUGGGGAUCAAUUUUGAUUCGAUUAUAGCGGAUGGAAUCGGAAUGUUCUUGGAGGAUUUUGUAAGUUUAGAGAACACACAGAUUUUUGGGUUCGGCGACGAUGAACCCAGCGGCUUUCCAAAUGCGGAUUUCGGGGAUUUUGGGAACGAUGACAUUUCUUGCUGGCUUGAUGAUUCCAUCAACAUUACCUGCCCUUAAAUUUUUGCAGCUUAGGAGUUUUCUCUUCUCAAGUGUUUUAUCCAUUGAGAAAUUCCCUUUUUUAAUUUGGUUUUCUGAGAGCGAAAAUGAGAAGAGUGUUCUUCUCUCAGUCUGCCAUUUUGGUUACGAUUAAAAGAUUUUGUCAUCUGUGUGAGAAAUUGGUGAAUCAAUAUCGACAUCAAUGUUCCUAA